CUCUUUACAACCGUAGUGAGCAGAAGAGCAUCUCAGCAUAUACAACAAACAAACCUUGAGGUGGAUGAACUACAACAGGAGAAGACCUCAUGAGAUUCCACUCCUGUCAGCCGAGAACUCGAAUCUGACGCUAUCAUGGGCAUAGACUCAACGAAACUAGGCAGCUGAAGAUUAGAAAAUAAUCACCUGAUCUUUUUCCAGUCUUCAACUGUCCAGUUUCUACUGAAAACGUUGCCUAUGUAGUGCACUGUCACAGAUACGGUUGAAAGCCUUUUGAGUUGCAGUAUGACUCAUGUCUUUCAUGUUAUGUGUUGUUACUGCUAAGUGUCAGAACUCUGAUGGAGAAAACAGCAGGUGCUAUAUCUUCAGAUAUAGAGUCGAGCCUUUAUCAACGUGUUCAUGCCAUGCUCCGAGAACUGGACACACAUGCUCAAGCUGGCUCAGCCUGCAAUAAAGGGAUGCUAAGAUGGACCUUACAUAAAAAGGUGGAGAAUAAUCCUUCUACUAGCAUCUCUCUCCUGAGGGUCCUUGUUAAGGAGCUUGAAAAGGCAGAGAGGACUGACUGCAAAAUUCGCAUCAUUCCUUUGCUGCACACUCUGGCCUAUGCAAUAAUACAGUCUGCUUACAUUCCAGACGAGCUGUGUGAAAGGAUGUAUGUAUGCCUUAAACGUCUGAUUACACUACCAGAGCCUUACUGCAGUGUGAGCCUUAACUAUGCUAAACACAUGAAAAUACAACACAACAUUCCAGGUGCUCUGUAUCAAAGAAGAGUCAUUGCUGAGCACAGCCUCAAGAAUGAACAUUAUCCCCUUCGUGAGAGAGUGUUUGUGUUUGCGGAUCCAGCUGUGUUUCCUGAGACAGUGUUAAAUGCAGUGAGGGCUGAUGUGGAGUGUGGGGCUUUGGACUGGGACACACUGACCCCUCAGCGCCAGGUCCUACUGCACACACUACAAGCUGGACUAGGGAAAGAGUGCCACGGGAGACAACUGACACAAGCCCUGAAGGAUUUAGGUGAAGACAUGGAAAAAUACUUCCACGAUGUUGUGGCCAUUGUAGAGGAGAAAAUAAUGGAUGGAGGUUCAGAAUCUGGGCAGUACAAUGCAAGAUUACAGCAACUGUAUGAUGAAAUCAUUUGCUCUGCUCGCACAGAGCAAUCAUGUCCUGCCAGUCUGGUUGGAACUCCAUUGCCCAGUCCUGAGGUUAGCUUCCAUGUCUGGACAAAGGAAGAUGAGAUAUGGAAUGAGAUUAUAAACUUCACUCUAAUGCUGAGCUCUACACAUCGUAACUCUUCAUUUCUGGAAGAUGAUGAAGACACCAAACGUGCUUCGCUCAUCUCCUCCAUAUCCAGAGACAGUGGCAUAGAGGGAGAUUUGCCUUUAAAUGAGUUCUCCUUUCUGAUGGUUGAGCCCUCUGGUGGGCUGGAGGCCCAGGAACAGCAGAAGAGUUUACCGUUUUCCAGGAGGCCAUGCGUGAGGUGGCCAAAGGCUGGGAACAGAAUGACUUUAAUGAUGGAGGUCAUUAAGGAAAGUGGUGGAACGGGGGGAAGUGGAAGCGGAAACUCUAUUCUUAAAGAUGAGAAGAACUUCAUUGCUCGUGUUGUGGUCAUGGGUGAUGAUAGCACUCUGGGUAGGCUGGCCAAGGCUUAUCACAGUAUACGAAAAAAGGAGGUGCGGAAUUUAUUUCUGACAAAGAGAGUCAACUUGGAAAUAUACUACAUACCUGUCACUAGCCAGGCUAAUACAGCUUCUUCAGUCCAGGAAAAUGCUACAGCAGAUGUAGACAGGCUUACACUUGCAGCAUCCUUGGGCAGUGUUGAUCCAUGGUAUGACUCCAACAUUAAAAGUCUGGGAGCCAUGCUCCUGACACUAGCUGAAACGCACUCCAGUGUUAUCGGGUCUUCAGAGCCCAAUACCUUUCUUUUGGACAUCAUCUCAUACUACACGCGUACAGCACAGCAGCCUGUCCACAUCCCCAUCUACUCAGUUAAGAUUUCCUUCUCCAGUUUGGAUUCUAAAGUUGUGGAAGAGAUGUUUGUGUGUCAGCUUGACAUGGACUUUCCUGGGUUCAGACCUCUUCGAGUUACACUUAAAGACACAAUCAGGGGAUCAGUACGGUAUAAGAAAACCAUGCAAGGAGAGUGUGGUGUAAUUGUGGCUGUCAACUACAGAAAGGCCUCCAUAAGCAAUCGAGAAGUGGACAGACGAAAGUCUUUAAUAACGUGCGGUGUGUCAAUGUGUACAACACCGCCUAGUGGAACCAAAAGUCUUGAAAGCCUCAGUGUAGAUUUUCGUGAUCCAAACCCCACUAGACCACCUAUGUCUACGCUGAGAGUGACUGAUAUUAGCAUCAGAGCCCUGGAGGAGAAAACAUUUACUGUAUGUCUGGACAAAGACUCGUGCAGGACCUUCAAAAAUGUCCAGAGCAUAGAGGUGUCUCCGUGCACAGACCCUGGAUACUCUCUUCAGAAGACCAAGUCGAAACACAGUUUGACGGAGGACGACUCGAGACUGAGCAGAUUUCUGAGCAAGACUUUCUCUUUACCCAUCAACACCUUCUCUGGAGCUGUUCAGUGACAAUAAUGGGGAAGCCAUGGCCUAAUGCUUAGAGAAUGCUAAACAAUGCUUCGGGUCCAAAAGGUUACGGUUCAAUUCCCUGGACCAGCAAGAAUGGCUGAAUUGCCCUCGAGCAAGGCACCUAACCCCCAACUACUCCCCAGGCUGCUCUGGGUAUGUCGUUCUGGAUAAGAGCAUCUGCUAAAUGCCUGUAAUGUAAUGUAAUAAUACAACAAUCAUGCACACUCCUGCUACUGAUCAUGAACUCUACAUAUUGAAAUAACAUUCCUGUGUGAAUGUAGUAUCUCAUAUAAUACUAUUAUAUUAAACAAUAUUUUCUUGUUAUUGUUA